AUGGCCAUUGGAAAAAGGUUACUGGUGAACAAACCGGCAGAAGAAUCAUUUUAUGCUUCUCCAAUGUAUGACUUCUUAUAUCCAUUUAGACCAGUGGGGAACCAAUGGCUGCCAGAGUACAUUAUUUUCGUAUGUGCCGUGAUAGUGAGAUGCACAAUUGGACUUGGCCCAUAUUCUGGGAAAGGCAGUCCACCGCUGCACGGUGAUUUUGAAGCUCAAAGACAUUGGAUGGAAAUUACACAACAUUUACCACUUUCUAAGUGGUACUGGUAUGAUCUGCAAUACUGGGGAUUAGACUAUCCACCAUUGACAGCUUAUCAUUCGUAUCUCCUGGGCCUACUUGGAUCCUUUUUCAAUCCAUCUUGGUUUGCGCUGGAAAAGUCUCGUGGUUUUGAAUCCCCCGAUAAUGGCUUGAAAACAUAUAUGCGCUCUACUGUUAUCAUUAGCGAUAUAUUAUUUUAUUUUCCCGCAGUAAUAUAUUUUACCAAAUGGCUUGGUAGAUAUCGAAACCAGUCGCCCAUAGGGCAAUCCAUUGCGGCAUCGGCGAUUUUGUUCCAACCCUCAUUAAUGCUCAUCGACCAUGGGCACUUUCAAUAUAAUUCAGUCAUGCUUGGCCUUACAGCUUAUGCCAUAAAUAACUUAUUGGACGAGUAUUAUGCUAUGGCGGCAGUGUGUUUUGUCCUAUCUAUUUGUUUCAAACAAAUGGCAUUGUAUUAUGCACCUAUUUUUUUUGCUUAUCUAUUAAGUCGAUCAUUGUUCUUCCCCAAAUUUAACAUAGCCCGGUUGACAGUUAUUGCGUUUGCAACACUCGCAACCUUUGCAGUAAUAUUUGCUCCACUCUAUUUCUUGGGAGGAGGAUUAAAGAAUAUUUACCAAUGUAUUCACAGGAUAUUCCCUUUUGCCAGAGGUAUCUUCGAAGAUAAAGUCGCUAAUUUCUGGUGCGUUACAAACGUUUUUCUAAAAUACAAAGAAAAAUUCAGUGUUCAACAGCUCCAGCUAUACUCAUUGAUUGCCACCGUAAUUGGUUUCUUGCCAGCCAUGAUCAUGACAUUGCUACACCCGAAGAAGCAUCUUCUUCCAUACGUAUUAAUUGCAUGUUCUAUGUCCUUUUUCCUUUUUAGCUUUCAGGUACAUGAGAAAACUAUUCUUGUCCCACUUCUACCUAUUACGUUACUCUACUCUUCUACUGAUUGGAAUGUCCUAUCCCUAGUAAGUUGGAUAAACAAUGUGGCUUUAUUCACCCUAUGGCCGUUGUUGAAAAAGGACGGUCUUCAUUUACAGUAUGCCGUAUCUUUUUUACUAAGCAAUUGGCUGAUUGGAAAUUUCAGUUUCAUUACACCAAGGUUUCUGCCAAAAUCCUUAACACCUGGUCCUUCUAUCAGUAGUAUUAAUAGCAAUUAUAGAAGAAGAAGCUUACUGCCAUAUAACGUGGUUUGGAAAAGUUUUAUUAUAGCGACGUAUAUUGCUAUGGGCUUUUAUCAUUUCCUAGAUCUAUUUGUAGCACCUCCAGCGAAGUAUCCAGACUUGUGGGUGUUGUUAAACUGUACUGUCGGGUUCAUUUGCUUUAGCGUAUUUUGGGUAUGGUCUUAUUACAAAAUAUUCACUUCCGGUAACAAAUCGAUGAAAGACUUGUAG